UUGCACACUUGGCCAUGAGAGUUUACUCCUCGCUCUAAGCGGAGUGUCAGAGUGGAAAGGUGAUUGCAGUGUUAUUGCACACUGCCUGCUUGAAGGUCUGAGAGCAAUGGCAGCGUGGCGCAAGUUGUUCGCCUCCGUCUCUGCUUUCAGAGCGCUGAAUGCGCCCUGCCGGAGUCUUAAAAGCAGCAGUAGCAGAGGAGCAGAGAAGGACUUCUUUAAAGAUUUGGAGGCUCAGUUUCGGGCUUUCCGUGAGAAAGCGGCUGCAGCGAUGCCCGGCAGUGACUGGAGCCCGUUCGAGCUGAACCCCGGGCUGCCCCCAGAGAGGGCUGAUGUGGUAAUAGUUGGAGGUGGGGUCGUGGGCUGGUCCAUUGCGUACUGGCUGAAGAGGAAGGAGACAGUGCGAGAUGCUCUAAGAAUACUGGUGGUGGAGAAAGACCCGACUUAUUCUCAGGCAUCAACUGUGCUGUCAUGUGGUGGAAUUCGACAGCAGUUCUCCUUAAAAGAAAACAUCCUGCUGUCAUUGGCUUCAGCUGAUUUCAUGAAGAACAUUAAUGAUCAUCUUGGAGUGAUAAAUGAAGACCCUGUAGAUCUACAGUUUAAUCACUCAGGAUAUCUCUUCCUCGCCAGUGAGAAAGCAGCUCAUAUCAUGGAAGAAAACUACAGCACUCAAAGAAAUGCUGGUGCUAAGGUCACCCUCCUGUCACCAACACAACUGAAGGAGCGAUUCCCUUGGAUGAACACAGACGGUGUUGCUUUGGCCUCUCUUGGACUAGAGAACGAGGGCUGGUUUGAUCCCUGGUCUCUCCUGAAUGCACUCAGACGUAAGGCUGUGUCUAUGGGCGUGCAUCAGUGCUUUGGAGAGGUCACAGGAUUUAGAUGUUCCACACAGAUGGCAGAAACUUUUGAUGGAGACUUUUUUAAUGUCAAUAGGAUAAAAUAUGUUAAUGUACGGAUACCCAACAGUUUGGAGUACCAGCCCGUGGAGUGUGCAGUUGUGGUGAAUGCAGCAGGUGCAAAUUCAGGAAAGAUCGCUGCCAUGCUGGGCAUAGGAUUAGGCCCGAAAGAAAGUAUAUCUGGAAUUCCAUUACCUGUCGAACCCAGAAAGAGAUUUGUUUAUGUGGUGCAUUGUCCUGAUGGCCCAGGGUUAGAUACUCCAUUUCUGAUUGACUAUUCAGGGGUUUAUUGCAGACGAGAGGGACUGGGAGGAAAUUACAUCACAGGAAUGUCGCCAGAGGAGACAGAAGAACCAGAUAUCAAUAACCUUGAUGUGGACCAUGAGUUCUUUCAGGAGAAAGUCUGGCCACAUUUGGCCCACCGUCUUCCUGCAUUUGAGAGUCUGAAGGUUUCAAGCGCUUGGGCUGGAUUUUACGACUACAAUACCCUCGACCAGAAUGGCAUUAUAGGACAGCACCCUAUGGUGACCAACAUGUACUUUGCCACAGGCUUCAGUGGUCACGGUCUACAGCAGUCCCCUGCGGUCGGCCGUGCCGUGGCUGAGCUGAUUAUCGACGGGUGCUACAAGACCAUCGACCUCAGUGCCUUUGACCUUAAACGGAUCCUCCUGCAGGAACCCAUUCUGGAACGAAACAUCGUGUGAGGAGAGAAACACUUGCGAAGAUAAUUGUUUGUCUGUACCCUCAUUAGGCAGGGCAGCAUUUGCCGUGAUCACCAAGAUAACGACCUUGUCUGUAUAGUUCAGACAGAUCUCUGAAACUGGAAUCCAUUUUUCGAAGAAUGAGAUCAGUUUGGUUAGCAAACCUUAUGAGACUUGAAAUUAUUAGGAUAUGAAAGAGUGAGAAACGUUGCUAUGGUUUGACAACACGCAUAAUGCACAGUAAACAUUUGAAGUCUUAUAAGAUGCAAGGUCUUUUGGAGUUCAUAUGCAACUUUUUUUUAUUUUGGAAAUGCAUAUAUUUAAAUAUAUGACAGCAUAUAACAGGAGGAUGUUAGAAGAUCUGUAGAUCUAAUGAGUACCAAAGGUAAUCAUGAACUUCAAAAUUUCACACCUAAAUAUUGUGGUGUGUAAUCAAAUCUCAUGGAUUGAAUUUUGUAUGUGUGAAGUAUUUAAUCUGAAAUCUUCUUAUUCUUAUAUUUUGAAAUGCUUAUUAACAUGGAUGUGAAUACACAUGAAUUGUAAAAAAAAAAAAAAAAAUAGCUGUUGAUUUGCAGCAUGCAUUUUUACAUAUAUGGGAUACUUUAGAAUUAAUCAGAAAAAACUAAACAUACAAGCUAUGCAUUUAACCUACACAAAGUGGUACAUUGCUUGUUUGUUUUGCAGACAUAACACUUACAAAUGUAUUAGUGCAAUCCCACCACAGCUAAGCAAUGCCAGUAAACGUCUAACACAAAUACACAUGCUACAGUACAUUAAAACAUGGUUUACUAAAGUUAAAAAAGGAGUACAAAUAAUAUUUGACCGAAUAAGUAACGCAGUAUAAAAAUUAGAAUUAUUCAUCUCUUUGCCUUCUUUGCAAACAUUUCCGUGACAGACGUUGACUUGCGUUUUACACCUGGACAGAAAGAACACAAAUCGAAAUCAUUAUAAAAGUCUACUCAAGUCAAAAAACUCAGAUUAAGACACUAUCAAUAAACUUUUUGAUUUCUCA